CGUCAAGAAGGCGCUCAAACUGCAUUGGAAUGGUAAAUCGUGAGAACAUUGUCGAAUUGGAAGAAAAGAUUAAAAUAUAUCAAGAUGAAAUCAAGAAAAAAGAUGAAUUAAUUCAACAGUUAUCCAGGUAAGUGGAUUUAUUUCAGCAUCACAUAGAUUUUGGGCGUAUGUUUACUCUGAUCAUCAGUAUGGAUAUUGGUCAAGUUAAACAUGUAGAACAGACGCCUCCAUGUGAUGAUUUCAGUGCUAAUUCUAUGAAGGCGAAGGCAAUUGCAGAGGAGGAUAAGGAGAAGGAACAGCAGCAAAUGUGUGUAAAACGUGAAGAACUUGCAGCUUUAAGAAGUAAAGUUGAACAGUUAUGCGAGAAAACAUUAAGUCAGGAGAGUGAAUUAAAGGCGAAGUCAACACUUCUCACAAGAGCUGAGACAGAUAUUCUCAAUUUAACUAAAAAGCAAACUGAUUUACUAACAGAAAAUGAAAAAUUACAUAAACAAUUAUCAGAUAAUAAAACAGAUAUCAAUAAAAAUACUGUUGAAUAUGAAAUGUGCAAAAAAGAAUUAAAUAGUUUAAAACAACUAUUGAAAACUGAACAAGAUAAAGCAGAUGAACUGAAAAAACGCUUAAGUAAACAAUUAGAAGAAAAGGAAAAAGCAGAUUAUCAACUUGUAGAAACUGAAAAACGCUUAGAAAGCUUUAUAACAAAAAUGAUUCAUAUAUUUGAUACAUUUUUACAAAACGAACAUUUAAACAUUACUGAUUGGAAGGAUGAAAAAAAAUUAGAAAAGUUAUUAACAAAAGCAAAAGAUGUUGUUCAUGAGAAUUUAAGAAAUAAGGGACAUAUUCAAGAUUUAAUGGAUAGAUUAAAACAACGUGAAAAUGAAAAUACUGAACAAUUACGUAAUGUGAAUCGUUUAGGUGAACUAUUGACGAAGAAUACAUGUUGUGAAAAAGAAAAUAAAGACUUAGCUCAGGAGUUAGAAUAUCUUCGGCAUAAUGAAAAAGUCUUAGAAGAUCGUUGUCGUAUAUUGUCUAGAGAAACAAUUGAUGCUCAAAUUCAUAUAAGAGAAUUAGAGAAACAACUAGCGGAGACAACCCAAAGAACUGAAAAAUACAACUGGUUAAAUCAGAAUAAACUUGAUGAAGAAAAUGCAUUAUUUCGAAAUUCAUUGGCUUCAAUGCUUUCACACAACAAUUAUCAAUGCAAUCCAACUGAAAUGUCAAUUAGGGAAAGUAUCAAAAAAUUAUUCAGUGAACUACAAGAACAGAAAGAUAUGUGUUCCAGACUUGAAGUUCGCCUUGCGGAUACAUCGUAUCGUUUAGACACUUCUCAAGCUGGGAAGCAUGAAGUUGAACGUACAUUAGAUAGGACAGAACGAGAAUGCCUUGAGUUACGUGAACAAAUCAGACGUUUAGAAACGGAUCUUAUGAAUUCUGAUUUAGUCAAACAGGAACAACGGUCAGAUAAAUUAAAAAUUUUCUCCUAUCUCUGUAAACUUGCAGCCAAAGUAAGAAUAGAUGAAAAAGUUGCGUCAGGAAUGCGAUUCGAUGAAUUACAAGAAGUUCUUUCAACUAGAAUUGGACAAAUAGUUAGCGGUGAAUAUGCCAUGUUGAGUGACGUUCAAGCCAAUGCGGAUCGUGUCAAUGGAUUGAACCGUAAAGUGAAGAGACUUCAGGAUCAGUUAGCCAGUAGAGAGAUACAAUUAGGUUUAUGGAAAGAAAAAGCCGCCAAACUAGAAGACCAGUUGUCUGGUAUGAAUGAAACUGAACUGAAAGCACAUGCUAAUAAGAUUGCUGCUGAAAAAUCAGCUGUCAAUGCUAGGCGAUCUGAGUUAGAAGUAUCUAGACUUAAGGAUGAACUAACGCGACUAAAAGCUGAACUCUUAGAUUUCAGUGAUGCAAAAAUCAAUGUAGUGAAAUAUGAAGAGAAAUUGAGUGAAUUAACUAAAUUAAAUAAAGAACUUGAAGGGAUACGUCAAAGUCAAGCGAAUAAAAUUGCUGAACUAUCAGAAAAAUUAGAGGUGCAGACAACAGAUGAAGGUGAUACUCGUUGUCGACUAGAAGAGGAGUGUAAACAUUUAAUGGAGGAAUUACAAUCAAAUAGAAGGACACUGGAACAAUUUCAACGUUCUGAAAGAGAGCUUUUAGAAUUCAGAGCACUUGUUGCCCGUCUUCUUGGCUUGGAUAUCGAAUUACUAACUAUGCCUAAUUAUGAUAUUAUUAAUCGUUUGGAAAGCAUAAUAACUCAUCAUCAUUUUGUACAUGAUAAUUCAAUGCUAUGUACUCAUGCUACACCCUCACCGAACAGAAAAUCUCGUCCAUUGACAAGAGAUACUGGAUCACAUAGAAGUAUGACAACGGAAUACAUGGCUGGACCACAUACAGCAAAAACUAAGUGUAAACAAGCUUGGGUUAAUACAGGUGAAGAUACUUUAAAACCUUACAAUCGACCUGGUAAUUCAGUUAAGGAUUUAUCAAGCAAAUGUGGUGAAAAAUAUUCUUCACCAGAACACAUAAAACAUGAUCCGAGAAAGUAUUAACUUGAUCAUUUCCUCUAAUUGAAUAUUAUUAUCCGAAAUGUUAUCUUGAAUGGAUUCGAUUUUCAGAUGAAAGAUUAUUUGAUACAGACACUAACCACCCUCUAAAUCACUAUUUAUUAUAAUUAACUUAAUAUUUAUUUAUUAUUUGUCAAUAACUACUGUUAUUUACUGAAUUAGGUAAAUUUUUAUGUAGAUCAUUUAACCUGUAACAUGAUGUUCAAUGGUCAAUAUUUUGUUUAUCCUAUCUAAAGUACUGUUUUCAAUUUUUCUUCUAAUGUUAAGCUUAUUAGUUUUCAUUUUUACUGAUAGCUAGGAUUGAUAAUCAUUUCUACUGUCGUAGUAAUAGUGCCUGUGAUCAGCUAAUAUUUGUUAUUUUAUUCUAGAAUUGUGAAGAAAGUGAUUUGCAAUCAAUAGACGUUGGUUGUUAUUUAUGUGUAAUGUUUUUAAUAAAAGUUUGACUAAA